ACACGUUCUCGUUAUCAGUUAUUACAGAGUAACCUCAGGGAUUGAACAAGCCAAGCCGCAUCGGUUUUCAUUUUAAUUUUUCACAAAUUCAAUAUUAUUCAUCGAUUACCUACCUGGUUAGGAAAUUAUUUGAGUGAAAAUAUUUCAUUUCGUCACGACCUCAAACCACGGAAAUAGUACCAUAUUGACAAAACCGGAUUAUAUCAAGUAAUUGUGUAUCGAGCAUCAUUUGAACGCUUAUUUAACAUGAAACCCAUUAAUUCCGAGCUGUCGUUUGUUGUACUUGUGUUGGCCAUAAUAUCGUCGGGCAAUUGUAUAAGGUGGCACAUGCAACCCAACACUCAAAAAUGUCUCAAAGAAGAACUCAGACAACACAUAUUGGUAAAGGGCGAGUACGAAGUAGUUCCGGUCGAAGGACAACAUAUAGACUACAUCGUACGAGAUUCCAAAGCUCACAUAUUGUCACAAAAAGAAGAUAUCAGUACGGGAAAAUUUUCAUUCAUUGUAGAAAACUAUGACAUGUUUGAAAUAUGUUUUAUUUCUCGGGCAUCAAGCAAUCACAGAGUUGUCAAACAAGAAAUUUAUUUAGAUGUCAAAACUGGCGUUGAAGCCAAAAACUAUGAAGGGAUCGAUGAAGCCUCAAAACUAAAACCCUUGGAGUUGGAUUUGAAACGUCUAGAAGAUAUGUCACAAGAUAUAGUACAAGAUUUUGAAAACAUGAAACGACGGUCUGAAGAUAUGCGUACUACCAAUGAGUCCACCAAAUCGAGAUUAUUCUACUUUAGUGUGUUUAGUAUGCUGUGUUUAAUUACCUUAGCAACAUGGCAAGUAUUUUAUUUGAGAAGAUAUUUCAAAGCAAAGAAACUUAUAGAAUAGAAGUUUGAUAAAAUACAGUUCACUUCAACAAAUCAUCCCUGUCAAAUUGACUGCAAAAUGACUGAAUUACUCUUCUUAUUAUACUAAAUAUUGUAAAUUGUUCUAUAAAUAAUUAUCCUAAUAUGUAAACUAUAAAGCAAAAUGUGUAAAAUAGUUUAGAUUGUAUUGAAUCAACAAAUCGAUAUUAUGUUGUACUAAUUAUUUUAAGGAGUGAAUAUCAAUCCAUCACAGUUUUUUUUAGUAUAAAAAAUACUAUCUAGUCUUUGACUAUAUAUUUUUCUAUCAAUAAGCUCUUUAUGUAUAUUAUAUAAUAAAACGAAUUGUUUGAAA